AUGGGCCAAGGUUUCUCCCUCGCGACGCCGUCUGCCGGCUCCGCGGGGAUAGAUAUUCCUCAGUUGGGCGAUGUUCAUUACGAGAGAAGCAUAGGAAAUGCGCGCUUCAUGAAAAGUAUUCGUGGACGGACUGAGCAAGGUGUCGUUCUUGUCAAAGUGUUGGUGAAGCCAUACACUGAAGUCAAACUGGAUAAAUACAAGGAGAGGAUAAUCAACGAACGGAAGGCUCUGGCCGAUGUACCGAACGCCCUCGGCUUCCAGCGCAUAAUCGAAACUGAGACCAACGGUUAUCUCGUCCGCCAGCACGUCUAUAGCUCUCUCUACGACCGGAUGAGCACUCGGCCGUUCCUCGAAGAUAUAGAGAAAAAGUGGCUUGCGUUUCAACUCCUAUGCGCACUGCGCGACUGUCACGCCCGCGAUAUCUACCACGGCGAUAUCAAGGCUCAGAAUAUUCUCGUCACCUCUUGGAACUGGCUCUACCUUACCGAUUUCUCGUCAGCAUUUAAACCUGUUGUGCUCCCAGACGACAACCCAGGAGACUUUUCAUACUUCUUCGAUACUUCUGGCCGGCGAACAUGUUACAUUGCACCAGAGCGAUUCUAUGCUGCAGGCGAGGCCCCGCCUCAGAAGGCGCACAUGACCUGGGCAAUGGACAUCUUCAGUGCCGGCUGUGUAAUUGCUCAGAUGUUUCUCGAGACCGAGAUAUUCAGCCUCGCCCAGCUGUACAAAUAUCGGAGAGGGGAGUAUGAUCCCAUCAUUACCCAUCUGAGUGUCAUCUCGGACAAGGACGUUCGGGAGAUGAUAUCCCAUAUGAUCCAGCUCGAUCCAGAAAAGCGCUACUCUGCUGAUCAGUACCUUGAAUUUUGGAAAGACAAAGUCUUUCCGUCAUACUUCUACAAUUUCCUCCACCAGUAUAUGGAGCUCAUCACCGACCCGUCAUCUGGGAAUAGUAUGAUGUCGAACGCGCAGAAGAACCUUGGAGAGUCGGACGACCGGAUAGAUCGUGUGUACUACGACUUUGACAAAAUUUCUUACUUCCUCGGGUACCAAGACGGGAAGAGGAAGGCUGAUACUCAACAACUUGGUCCAAGACUGGGGCUCAACCACUUCCCUGUUCGUUUGGGUAUUCCUAAUCACGAGUAUUCUGUCUCGGCCGACCUGGAACCUCCUGAAGAUGACGGGACUCUCCUAUUCAUCACAUUGGUUGUAUCAUCAAUGAGGACAACGGCGCGGGUCUCGUCUCGUAUCCGAGCCUGUGAUAUCUUACUGGCUUUCUCGGAAAGGAUCACCGAUGAAGCAAAGCUUGACCGAGUGCUUCCUUAUCUCAUGACGCUUCUACACAAGGACGAAACGGAUUUGGUGAUGGUCACCGCUAUAAGAACCAUCACGCAGCUUUUACAACUCGUUAAAACCGUCACUCCUAUUAAUUCACACGUACUGGUGGAGUACGUCCUUCCCAGGAUGGAGAUUGCCUUGGGAUCCAAAUGGCAGAUUUCGAGUCCCCUAGUAAGGGCCUCGUAUGCUUCAUGCAUUGGAAGCCUCGCGACUACAUCGAAGCGUUUUCUCGCAAUGGCAUCUAGUCUCAGGGCAGACGGCUCCAUGCCUAUGACUGACCCCGAAGUGGAGCCUGGCAUGGAUGCCGAGGCCAACUUUGAGGGAGUAUUUGAUAAUGCCGGCAGGCAGUUGUACGAAAUACUGGAGAGCCAUACCAAGCAGCUCGUCGAGGACCCCGACGUUUAUGUUCGGCGAGCAUUCCUGGCUUCAGUCCCGGAGCUAUGCGUUUUCUUUCAGGAGACUUCCAACGAUGUGUUGUUGACUCAUUUAAUCACCUACCUAAACGAUCGGGACUGGACACUGAAAUGUGCGUUUUUUGACGCAAUCGUUGGCAUUGCAACCUUCGUUGGAAGCAAGAGUUUGGAAGAGUUCAUGUUGCCACUCAUGAUUCAAGCUUUGACAGAUACCGAAGAGUAUGUGGUUCAGGCUGCGCUUCAUUCCCUAGCGCAGCUGGCGGGCCUCGGGCUCUUAUCCAGACCCAAGCUCUGGGAGCUCGUAGAUCUUAUCAGUAGGUUUACGAUGCAUCCGAACAUCUGGAUACGCGAAUCGGCAGCAGAGUUCAUUGCAUUGUCAACAAAGUACUUGGACCCGGCCGAUGUCCGGUGCAUCUUGAUGCCUGUGGUCAAGCCAUAUCUGAAAGUCGAUCUUAUCUGGGACUUCUCCGAGCUGAACUUGCUGGAUUCCCUCAAGAGACCCAUUUCGCGGCCCGUGUUUGACCAAGCAGUGACAUGGGCUAUGACCUCAGACAGAGGCAUCUUCUGGAAAGCUGCCCAACAAGCCAGGUCCUUGCCUUUAAGACUCCUCGGCACAGGUUCAUCCAAAGACCUCCUGGGCUCUGCAACUGGGAAAACAGCGCACAACGAAGAAGAUGAGCAGUGGUUAAUGAAGCUCAGGAAUCUGGGCCUGAAGUCUGAAGACGAACCGAAACUGCUUGCGCUCCGACAAUUCAUCUACCGCCUGAGCAAGAUUAAGAGCCGUGAUGGCUUUGCUGGAAAUAACGUCUCGCAAAAUGGAAUCGUGUCUUUGAAAGCUAUUGGUGUCACGCCACAGACAGUGUUCUUUGAUGAGACGCCACUUCGCGAUCCACAAGCGUUUGCCGAGCUUGUAUCGCAAACAGAGCCUUACACUAUCGCUGAUGCCUUAUUAGACGCCUCGAUGACUAUUGAUGAUUUGGCGAGCAAAAGGAAACGAGCUUCGCUAAACAACCAUAGACAAAGAGUUCAGAGCGUCGGCCCACGCCCAAGGCCAUCAUCUAGGGUAUUGUCGCCUCUUGGUGCUGGACGAUCAAGCUCGAUGGACACUCGAGGAUUGCAAUAUAAUACUACAAGCCAGGGAUCAAACGGAGACGGGGCUUCUACACCUGAUUCUAGACGGGGAACUCGACUUCUAUCAAACGCGCUCAGUCUUCUAGAUCGGAAGGAUAGCAAUAAAUCUAUCCCGGAAACGGGCAUGACUGCAACCGAUGCCUUUGGAGAGGUUGAAGGGCCCUUCGCCCAAGGACAGCCCGCACAGUCACACACCGUGGAAUCAAGAGAAGCUCCUCUUCCUGUAAAGAAGAUAUCCAAACACAGUUACGAGGGAACAGAUCCCAACAUCCAGAGAAUGUUGGAUAACAUGUACCUCGAUAACUUCCCACGCGACGUGGUUCAAUUCGGGCCAUUCGUACAGCCAAUAUCGCGAACGAAGGCAAACCAGGUCAAUGCUCAACAAGGAGCUGGCCUUUGGAAGCCCGAAGGCAAGGUUGUGGCUACGUUCUCGGAGCAUACGGGACCCAUUGCUCGAGUUGUAGCUUCACCUGACCAUUUGUUUUUCAUCACCGGUGGUCAUGAUGGCGCCGUCAAGGUCUGGGACUCGGCGCGGUUGGAGCGUAAUAUAUCCCAUCGCUCUCGCCAGACGUACAAGCACGCAGAAGGCGCACGUAUUGUAGCUUUGUGUUUCAUUGAAAAUACGCACUGUUUUGUCAGUUGCGCUUCGGAUGGAGCCGUCCACGUGGUGAAGGUUGAUACGGUACCCGCAGGUGGUGUCCUUAGAUAUGGAAAACUACGAAUGCUACGGGAGUACCGACUCCCUAGCGAAGAAUAUGUCACAUGGUGUGAGCACUUUAGACAGGAUUCGAACUCGACUCUGCUCCUUGCGACGAAUCGAUCGAGAAUUCUAGGUCUGGAUCUUCGAACCAUGUCACUCCUAUAUGUUCUCGAGAAUCCCGUUCACCAUGGGACGCCAACUUGCUUCUGCGUGGAUAAGAAACGGAAUUGGCUUUGCUUAGGAACUUCUCAUGGUGUUGUUUCUCUAUGGGAUCUACGGUUUAGAAUGAGGCUCAGGGCGUGGGGGGUUCCAGGGAAAGGACCCAUCUACCGAAUGUCUAUUCACCCAACUAAAGGCCGAGGAAAGUGGGUUUGUGUGUCUGGAGGCACCGGACAAGGUGAGGUUACUGUUUGGGAUCUGGAGCGCACAACAUGCAGAGAAGUCUACCGUACUGGUAGCAGUAGCAAGGACGGGCCAGCAGUAUAUGAGGCCUGGGAUGUCGAUGACGACAAAUCCGAAGGUAUGCUGAGGCGAUUUGCUACGAGCAUUGAGAGCAACGAGGUCACCAACUCCGACAAAGGAGUUCGGACAAUGGUUGUGGGUGUUGGCGCGAGCGAGGACUCGAGGGAUAUACGCCAUGCCUACAUCGUCACCGGUGGCUCUGAUAGACGACUAAGAUUUUGGAACAUCCCUCGUUUGGAGAGUUCUUGCAUAUACAGUGGGCUCAGCCAGGAUGAGCCGAAGCCGACAUACACUACGACGAAUCCCGCGGCGGGUGUGACCGUCACUACGGAGCGGUUUUCCAGAAACUCGUCGGCCGCUCCGAAUUCCUCGAAGAAUCACAAACCGUCGACGGCCGGACGACCGCCUAGGUCGACGGUCAUAUCUUCUCAGCAACAGCAACUCUUGCAGUCGCAUCUGGAUUUGAUCCUGGAUGUGGCUGUUUUGGAAUACCCUUAUACAAUGAGUGUCUCGGUUGAUCGAUCUGGAGUUGUGUUUGUUUUUCAAUAG